UCAUAUCCGUUCUCUGUCACGCUCCGGGAUUCCCAUCAUGGCGGACUCCGCAUCUGUAGAGGCGCUUCUGCAGCAUGUUGAGAAGGCGGACGGCGGCGUGGACAGCCUGGAUGUGGCGAGCAGCAUCGGAGUAGACCACCAGGUCAUCGUCGGAGCCGUGAAGAGUCUUCAGUCGCUUGGAGACGUUAUCUCAGCCGAACAGCGUUCCUCGAAGCACUGGGAGCUGACCGACGAGGGCACGGAGUUAGCCGAGCAGGGCAGCCAUGAAGCCCGGGUCUUUGGCUCCAUUCCUCUGGAAGGUCUGCCGCAGAGCGAACUCAUGAAACUGUCCUUUGGGAAGAUCGGCUUCAGCAAGGCCAUGUCCAACAAGUGGAUCCGGGUGGACAAGUCCCACGAGGGGGGGCCCAGGAUCUUCCGAAGCGUGGAGAACAUACAGGACCAGGUGAGGGAAAAGCUGCUUCUGGUGCGGAGCGGAGCUCAGCUGGAGGAGAAGGACAAAAACGAGCUGAAGAAGAGGAAGCUGCUCACCGAGGUAACAGUGAAAUCUUAUUGGAUCACCAGAGGAAGCUCCUUCAGCACCACCCUGACCAAACAGGAGACGGAGCUCACGCCUGAGAUGAUUGCCACAGGCAGCUGGAAGGACCGAAAGUUUAAACCCUACAACUUUGAGGCCAUGGGCGUGGCUCCAGACUGCGGUCACCUGCACCCGCUGAUGAAGGUGCGAACACAGUUCAGGCAGAUCUUCCUGGAGAUGGGUUUUAGUGAGAUGCCCACAAAUAACUUCAUAGAAAGCUCCUUCUGGAACUUCGACUCCCUCUUCCAGCCGCAGCAGCACCCCGCCCGGGACCAGCACGACACCUUCUUCCUGUCAGACCCAGCACUUGCCCACGAGUUCCCUCAGGACUACCUGGAGAGGGUGAAGACGGUCCACUCAGAGGGGGGCUACGGGUCUCAAGGGUACAAAUAUGACUGGAAGAUGGAAGAGGCUCAGAAGAACAUCCUCCGCACUCACACUACAGCGGUCAGCGCACGCAUGCUCUAUAAGCUGGCACAGCAGGAGAAGUUCACUCCCGUCAAGUAUUUCUCCAUCGAUCGGGUCUUCAGGAACGAGACCUUGGACGCCACCCAUCUGGCAGAGUUUCACCAGAUCGAGGGGGUGGUGGCCGACUACGGCCUGACGCUGGGGGACCUCAUGGGCGUCCUGCACCAGUUCUUCACCAAACUAGGAAUCACUAAACUGCGCUUCAAACCUGCAUAUAAUCCGUACACGGAGCCCAGCAUGGAGGUGUUCAGCUACCAUGAAGGACUGAAGAAGUGGGUGGAGGUGGGAAACUCUGGCGUCUUCAGACCGGAGAUGCUGCUGCCCAUGGGGCUGCCGGAGGACGUGUCGGUCAUCGCUUGGGGCUUGUCUCUGGAGAGACCCACCAUGAUCAAAUACGGCAUCAACAACAUCCGAGAGCUGGUGGGACACAAGGUCAACUUGCAGAUGGUCUACGACAGCCCUAUAUGCCGGCUGGACUCUUAAGCCCCGCCCACCUGCUGCAUCAUUUCCACCCCCCCGGACCUGUUUUUCACCUGAGGUGCUCCGUCCUCCAGCUGAUGGAGGGUUUGUCCGCAGAAACCCGAAGGCAGCAUCUGCCUGAACUUUGUUACAGCCCUCGUCCUGCAGACGAUCUCGGAUGGAAGGAAAUAAAGAAGCUUUUUUUGUAGCUUUAACCUCCGACUUUUCUUUUUUCACUGCAAUUGUUUUACGAAAAUACUGUUUUAGAUUAUUGAGGCUAAUUCUGGCCUUUUUGGAGGAGUAUCCAUGACAACAGCAAAGGUCUAUGCAAGCUUUUGAAAGCUUAAAUCUUGUUCAGAUUAAAACCUUCAAUGGAAAAAAAA